GCCCGCCAAGUCCUGCGCCGUGAACUGUGUGUGUGUGCAUGUGGUUGUUGGGGUUAGAACGAUUCUGCCACGACACUAGUGAUCGGAUGUGAUCGGUGAUCGGUGAAUAACAGUUUGUAUGAUCAGUGGUUUAUAUUAAACCAAUCCGAUAUCGUGGUAUAUUAAAGCUGCUAAAAAGUGUAAUUCUGUGCAUUAGAAACACACACCCUAGUGACGAAAGAUUGUGGUAUUGACUCCGCUCAACCAUGGAGGACGAUGCGCUCAACAAGGACGAGAAGCAGCAGCGAAAGGACUCGCUGAAAAGUGCGAAGGAUGAAGCGAACGGCGGCGGAGGCGGUGAUGGUGGCGACAUCGUGCUCAAGCCCAAAAUGACACUCGUCAACGGUAUCACUGUGAUCGUCGGUUCGAUUAUUGGAUCCGGCAUCUUCGUCUCGCCGACCGGUGUCCUCAUCAACACCGGCAGCGUCAACAUGUCGCUGAUCGUGUGGAUCAUUUCGGGCCUGUUUUCGAUGGUCGGUGCGUACUGUUACGCCGAGCUCGGCACGAUGAUCAAAAAGUCCGGUGCCGAUUAUGCGUACAUUAUGGAAACGUUCGGUCCAUUCCUGGCCUUCAUCCGGCUCUGGAUCGAAUGUAUGAUAGUGCGGCCCUGUUCGCAAGCCAUCGUUGCGCUCACGUUCAGCGUGUACGUACUGAAACCAUUCUUCCCCGAAUGCCAACCGCCAGAAGAUGCGGCCCGUCUCCUUGCCGUCUGCUGUAUCCUGGUGCUGACGUUCAUCAACUGCUGGGACGUAAAAUGGGCUACGGCCGUACAGGAUAUCUUCACCUACGCCAAGCUGCUCGCCCUGUUCAUCAUCAUCGGUGCCGGUGCCUACUAUCUGUUCCGCGGCAACACGGAAUACUUCACGUUCGAUAACACCAAAACGGAGGUAACAUCGCUCGCAUUGUCCUUCUACUCGGGUUUGUUUGCCUACAACGGUUGGAACUAUUUGAACUUCAUCAUCGAGGAGUUGAAGGACCCGGUAAAGAAUUUGCCCCGUGCCAUCGCAAUUUCCUGCACGCUGGUGACGGUCGUGUACGUGUUUACCAACGUGUCCUUCUACACCAUCCUGUCGCCGGAAGAGGUGCUCGGUUCGGAAGCGGUGGCAGUCACAUUUGCCGAUCGGGUGUUUGGCAUGUUUGCGUGGACGAUACCGGUGUUUGUCGCGCUGUCAACGUUUGGCGCAGUGAAUGGCAUUUUGCUUACCUCAUCCCGGCUGUUCUAUGCCGGUGCGUGCGAAGGUCAGAUGCCGGAAAUUCUUACCAUGAUCCAAAUACAGCGCCUCACACCGACGCCCGCCGUACUGAUAAUGGCCCUGCUGUCCAUGCUCUAUUUGACGGUGUCGGACAUAUUCGCACUAAUUAACUACGUCGGGUUUGCCACUUGGCUAAGUAUCGGUGCCGCUGUGCUGUGUCUGCCGUGGCUUCGGUGGAAGCAACCGAAACUGAACCGUCCGAUCAAGGUGAAUCUCAUCUUCCCCAUCCUGUAUCUCAUCGCCACCGUGUUCGUCACCGUCGUCCCAAUGAUUGCCAGUCCGGUGGAGACGGGCUAUGGGUGUCUUAUGAUUCUUUCCAGCAUUCCUGUCUACUGCAUAUUUAUCGCGUGGCGAAACAAACCGAAAUGGUUCAACCGUACGAUGGGUGGAUUUACGCAGAGUUUACAAAAGUUAAUGAUGGUGGUGCGGCCAAAACAGAAAUAAACGCGAAAAGUGGGUUUAACACGGUUCCUGCAGAAAAUGCUCAUGGUCGUAGGAAAGACCAAACCAGCUCAGGUUUAAACAAUUUACGCAUCAUACACGAACAGUUUAACCAUCCGUUUUCUUUGAACCCGACCCAAAAGAAACGCUACAUUCCAAGGAACGAGUGCAGCCGAGGGAGUAACGUGAGAGGAUUUGAAUGAUCCUUAGAGUUGUUUUAAAGUUUAAUGUUUCUUUUUUUAUUUUAUACCAUCCUUUCUGAAGGCUGUUAUAAGUUGUGUUAUGUUUAUGUUACUAUUUUUACUGUACUAUGAUGUAAUUGUUUGACGUCAGUUUUAAAUUGAUUUCUUUAGCGAAACUAUCGCGUGUCAUAAGUGAGAUAUAUGUAUGGAAACAAAUUGCGUGUACUAAGCCAUGGAGCGCCACAUUCCCAUUAAUAUUGUUUUAUUCGACGUGCGAAAUAGUGUCCCCUUUUGUGUGCGAUCACAUCUCAAUAGACGAUAAUGCAUCCAUGUUGCAGGCGUGUGCGGGGGUUAACACCCAGUACAGAAACCAUUUACAAGAAGAAUUCAACAAAACAGGUCCAGACACCGCAAACAGUGUUCAAAUUUUAAGCAAAAUGCAAACACUUUUUUUAUUUUUUUACUAUUUCCUUAUUACUUAUUUUCCCUUGCAAGGCAUAACAACGAGUUUCAAUCAUUUCCAUUUCGGUCAACGAAAAGCGACAUAUCAAUAUUUUAAUCAAAGCAAAAUAUGUUCUGUCGAUAAAAGAUCGUUGCUUGCUUGCAAAUUUAUUAUCAAUUUCAUUUUGCACCAUCAUUAUAUCAGCAAUUGUUGCUAAAAAAAAAGCUUCAUGUGCUUGGAAAAUUUUAGCAAAAAACGUAACAUAAAUUUCAUAAAAUUGCUAAAGUAUAAAAAAUUGAAAGCAAACCCCUAACAUUUGCACGAAACGUAUUCAAAUUAUAGCGAAAAGACUUUGUCGUUUAAAGAAUUAAUAAAAAGAAACAAAAACAUUAUUUUAAACGGAGCUUCCAUAAGCCUGAUUUCUAUUGGCUGGUUGAUCGGCAGCGUUAGAUCGAAAGGCAGUAGUAGUAAUUAGUAGCGAACAACGUGACGGCGUUAUGUUGCGAGAAAUGGAAGAGGCAAAUGCAUACACGUGUAGCUCAAGGGUUCUGCAAAGUGCGCUAAAUAAAAGGAAAACAGAGAAAACCAAACAGGAGCUAUGUUGUUGACAAUAAUAGUAGAACACACAAGUAGACGCACAAAAGCAGUAGACGAACGGGAUGCAGUGUGACCGCUGUCGAAUAAAUGUAUUAUUCAUAAUCAACCAUCAUGCUCGAAUAGAGAAUAUACCGUUAGGUGUCAUAUAGUUCUACAUGUAUAUAGCAUAUAUGAAUGCAUUAAAAAGGAUGUGCCGCAUCAUAGAUCCUUGGAAAUAUUUAUCGAACCCGAUUGGGAGCAGUGGGAUGAGAAUGAAGCAAGGAGUGGAAGGAAAGUUUAGGAAGGGCAAAUGCAUGAAUAUAGCCAGCGAUGUAUCAAUGUAUUGUAAAGUAUUGUCAAAUAU